UUGCGGGAGGAGGAACGUCUGGAAGCAACCAAAGGAGGGCGGAUUGGAGACCGGGGCCUUCAGAAGAUGACGGAAUACAAGCUCGUAGUCGUUGGUGCUGGUGGUGUGGGCAAGAGCGCGUUGACGAUUCAGCUCAUUCAGAACCAUUUUGUAGAUGAAUACGAUCCUACAAUAGAGGAUUCAUACAGGAAGCAAGUGGUCAUCGAUGGCGAAACCUGCCUCCUGGACAUUCUGGACACAGCUGGCCAAGAAGAAUACAGUGCAAUGCGUGAUCAGUACAUGAGGACAGGCGAAGGGUUUCUGUGUGUAUUUGCCAUAAACAACACCAAAUCGUUUGAAGAUAUUCACCAUUACAGGGAGCAAAUCAAACGAGUGAAAGAUUCCGAAGACGUGCCCAUGGUGCUCGUUGGCAACAAAUGUGAUUUGCCUUCCAGGACUGUAGACACUAAACAGGCUCAGGACUUAGCAAGGAGUUACGGAAUCCCUUUCAUCGAAACGUCUGCAAAAACACGACAGAGAGUGGAAGAUGCUUUCUAUACCUUGGUGCGAGAGAUUCGGCAGUACAGAUUGAGAAAAGUCAGCACAGAAGAAAAGACUCCUGGGUGUGUGAAAAUUAAAAAAUGCCUUUUAAUGGGUGUAGACGAUGCCUUCUACACAUUAGUUCGAGAAAUCCGAAAGCACAAAGAGAAGAUGAGCAAAAAUGGCAAAAAGAAGAAAAAGAAGUCAAAGACAAAAUGUAUAAUCGUGUAAAAAAAAAUGCUAUCCAUCCCUUCAGGGGUUCUUCAGUAAACCUGACACAUUUUUGUACCAUUCACACUAAAUUAUUAGAACAAACAUUUUUAACAUUACUUUCUCUUCCGUCGCGUUGUUUUCUCAACCUGCCAACCAUAUUUUCUCAUUGCUUACUUUCAUUGACAGUGAAUGAAAGCUGGUAAUCCUGGAAGGCUGGUUCUUCAACAAUUAGCAAUGCUUGUGGAACAAACCAACAGAACCUCCUGGAAGUUCUUCUCCAGAGUCUUUUGGUGCACACAAAACCUUCUAAUGUCUUAUGGCUUGUUUUUAUUUUGUGUUGCUUUUCCUGAGAACAUUGAGACUUCUCUGCACUUUUGAGGACCAGCCUUAGAGCUAGAUGGGGCUUGAACAUCGGCUGUGGUAGCAGAUAACCAUUUUUCUUUUGUGGGGCUCAGUUUUAUGCAUUAUGUUCCUUGCUCCAGGAGUAGGAAGGAUGAACUGAGGAAUUUCUCUCACCCAGGACGGCGGGCUCACCAUCCCCACACAGAAUAUAAUGUUCCAUUGACGUUCAGAGCACCUCAGUCCCAUUUGGUGGGCCUUCCCAUCUUCUGAAAUCUGUCCCUGAAAAGUGGUGAUGGUCAUUCCAAAAACAGAGGUACAGUUUCCUACCAAGUGUAAGUGUAAAAGAGGUGUGUAAAUUGUAGGAAAGACUGAACGCACCUCAAAACCCAAACUGAACCACACCCCCACAGGGAUUACGUAGAAGCCACAAUGACAUCAUGCACUCCGUGACAUCAUUGCACAUCUGUAACUGAUGCAAAUGACAUAAUUUGCACCUUGCAUGAAGAUGUCAUGGGGUGCAUGAUCUUACAACCCCGCUGUCUCUACUAAUUACCUGUCCCCUAAGACAGGGUUCCUCAACCUCAGCAACUUUAAGAUGGGUGGACUUCAACUCCCAGA